AUGAUAUAUCCGGGAUGGUUGUUCAUAAGCUGGUUGUACAGCCACAAAAAGUCUUUGUAUCGUCUGGUCACCGUGCUGACCUCCUCUUUGAGCAGGCUCGACUUGGAUUUCGUCGUGAUGGAGUACACUAUAUGGGCAUUUGUGAGUUCUCCGACUUUGAUUGGGUCGCCAACUAUGAUCUCAAAGUGGUCUGCUGGCUCUGUUUGUUCUGGAGCCUUUAGCGUUGGCUUUAUGGGGCUCUGUGCUUUCUGGAUAUCGAACAAUGGCUUGUCCACGGCUGCUAUGAGCGACUCUUUCCGUGAUUCGGCCACCUGUGCCUGUUCUUCCUGUGGUUUCUGCGAUAGGGGGUCCAACGGGUUGCUUGCCUCUGUGGUGGUUUUGCGGCCUCUGCGCGGUCUGAACAGUCUAGUUUUCUUGUUUGGGGACGUGACGCCGUCCAGACGAUGCGGGUCGUCCGAGGCUUGUCUAGGCGGAGAUAUUGGGGCAUUGAAGUCGAGCACCGAGUCCAGCGGCCCGUCGUUGCCCGCGGUGAACAGCCGCUCGUUCUCGUCGGGCGUUUCCUCCAGCAAAGACUGCGUCAGCGGCGGGUUUUCGUGGUCGGUGGCCACGAGCGACGAAAGCAGCUGUUUGUUUCUCUGUUUGGCGUGCUCGACCAAUUCGGCCUGGUGGGCCUGUUCUGCGGCGCUUUCGACCGACUCCUGGGGCUGUUCAGUCUCCUCUGUCUGCUCAGCCUCCUCGGGUGCCGGGUUCUGCAGAUGGAUCGACCGCAUCGUGUCACUGAGCUCGUUGUAA